AGGCAUUGUUUAGGACAUACCCAUGGGGCCUGAAGGGGCUUUUACGGAUACCACAGCAGUUGAGAGUUCAACGGCAAAUUUCGAAGAUGCCGCCCAAAGGAAAAAGUGGAAAAGGGGGGAAAGGUGGAGCAGCCUCUGGGUGUGACACUGCUGACAAGAAGGCUCAGGGACCCAAAGGUGGUGGUAAUGCAGUAAAGGUUAGACACAUUCUAUGUGAAAAACAUGGCAAAAUCAUGGAAGCAAUGGAAAAGUUAAAGUCUGGAAUGAGAUUCAAUGAAGUGGCCACACAAUAUAGUGAAGAUAAAGCCAGGCAAGGGGGUGACUUGGGCUGGAUGACCAGAGGGUCCAUGGUUGGACCAUUUCAAGAAGCAGCAUUUGCAUUGCCUGUAAGUGGGAUGGAUAAACCUGUGUUUACUGAUCCACCAGUUAAGACAAAAUUUGGAUAUCAUAUUAUUAUGGUUGAAGGGAGAAAAUAAAAUCAUAUGAAAAAGUC